AUGCUAGUAACUUUUUACAUCCUUACUUUACAAUUUUUUAAUCAAAUUUCUAUUCUAGGUUCAAGUGACUUUGAACUAAACUGGUUUGAUUUUGAAACUAGAAUGAGAAAGCUUGUCUAUGAGCUGCUUCAACCUACCGUUUAAAGAUCUCACGAGGAUAGGGAAAUACUUUAUAACUCCAAAAAGUCUCUCAUGAAUCAUUAAUAACGACUUGAAGAGAUUGAGUAUUCUCUAUUCAAGUCUACUGAAAAAACAACAGUCUUUGACUAGAUAUACAUGAAAAUGGCUGAGAUGGAGCAGGACAGGAAAAGCGAUCAGGCCAAGACCGACCAUCAUCUCGAGGGUUUUAUGAAUAUAAUAAAUGAAGUCAAGUUUCAUACCAAGAAUGUCUGCACUGCUCAAGAUUAGCAGCAAAUCAUAAAUUCAAAGUUCAGAGAGGAAUUAGAUCAUGUAAGCAAGAAUAUUGCUGAGACAAAGGAGACCUUUAUAUCAAGGUCUUAGAAAGACUUCAAUAAGUUGAACAAAAAUCUGGAAUAGUUGAGUAGGAAAGCUAGUCAGAUUCAGGUACACUAAGAUACUCUAGACUUAAUGACAAAUGCUUUUGAGAGUCGGUUGGAUUCUCUGAAGGCUUUACUUGAAUAGUACAAGAGUGAAUAUGAGUAAAUACAAUUUGACAUUUAAAAGUUCAACUCAACGAAGCUAACCUAGAAUGAAUUUGAGGAGAAGUAUCAUCAUAUCAUGGAUAAGUUUGAUCAGGUUAUGAAGUCGCUAGACAUGAAAGAUAAUUAGAUCUCUACCAUAGAAAAUUUCAUUGAGAAGUAUGUCCCUAUCAGAGUCUAGUCACAGAUUUCUGAGAUACUGAAUGAAGUAAUUACUGGCAAGUAAAAGGAGGUGUUGGAAGAGAUAGAAAAGAGAAAGUUUGAUGAGCUGCAUUAGAUUUUGCUGCUCGAUAAUGGAAUGGCUGAUUUGAUUCAGUAGAUUAAGAACAUGAAUGCUGAUCUUGGCUUUAUCGAGGAAGCUUAGAACGAGGAUAGCAUUGAGCAAGAGUUGAAAGUGAUUAAUGAUGAUUAGCAGGAGGAUAAGUCUAACAAGAGUUUUUUCUCCAGACAAGGCCCUGAAAUCUAAAUUGCUCUUCUGAGCCCUCACUCUACUUUAAGUGGCAGUAAGAAGAUUUUGUCUAAACUGCAUGUGGCUUAGAUUCUGUAAAACGAGAGGAGAAGGCAGUCAGCUAUAAAUUUCUUACAAUAAUAGAUUGCUUUCUUGAUUCAGUAAAAUAACUUAAUGAAUGGAGAGGAUGAAAAAAUGUCUUAGAGAACUGAUAACAUUGGGUUUAAUUCAUCUAAAAUAACUGGAGCGACUCAAGAGCAGUUUGAAGAUCUUUAGAAGUAGAUUAGACAGAUAAAAGUUGAGCAUCAAAUUCAAAAUUUACUGAAGAAGAAUACUUAUCAAGCAGAGUAGAUGGGUGAUAAAAUCAAGGAACAGCUAGAUAAGACUUAACUAGAAAUUAAGAAGGAGAUAAAUGAAACCAGAGAGUACGUUAACUAGCUGCAUCAAGACCUUGACAUCCUAAAUAAAAAGAGAAAGGGAGAUGUGCAUAAAAUCCUCAAGCAGGUUGUGGACGAAAAUCUAAGGUCUGAUGAGAUUAAAAAGAUGUUUACCAGGUAUGAAGCAAGUAUUGAGAACUUGGCUAAGGUCGUGUCUUGCAUUGUGGAGUUCAAUUCUCUUAGAAACCUUAGGAAUACAGAAUUUGCUUCUUCUAAUCUGCAGCCAACAAUUUAGAAACCUUUCCCUAGUUCCAUUGUGAUUGAUCAGAACAUUUGCGAUCCUGGACAAAAGAAGGUCAAUUUUAACAUUACAGCUGAUAAGCAAAGACUAAACUCAAAUGAAAAUCUUCCUUAGCCAGAGAGAGACACUUCCUACUUUGAAUUAAAAUAACUACCUAGUACUUCUCAUUAGACCAGCAGAAAUCUCUCCUCUAAUGAUACAGUAGGAUACUUGAACAAGCACAGACUUCAGAAACUGGCACCAGUCAAUAGGUCAAUCAAUCAAAAAAUUAAUGAUAUCAAGAGCUUCUUCGAAGAAUCAGCUACAGUAAGGACAUUUGAUUUCUAGAAAAGAGUAAGGCAUCCAAAUUAGAGGCUUGUCCAUUCCUUCCAUGACACUUAAAGCAAGACUACCUAUGAAGAGAGCUCUACACACACUUACAACUAUCGAAAUAGAAGACUAUCAUAGUAAGAUGUCAAGUAGAUGCUUGAUAUUCUUAUCUAAAAGUGCUAGGAGAUAAUCUUAGCGAAUAACUAUCCCUUUAAAGAGAAGAAUCUAACCACCAGCAAGAUAUUUAAGGAUCUUUAUGAUUAUCAUUUCAUGCAUUUAAACAAAGGAGAAACUUAGUUGCCUAUGUCCUCAGGAGAUGACAAUUCUAAAAUGAUGCAUUUCAAUACAUCCAAUAGCUAUGAUGAGUCACAUAUGAAAUCUAUAUUGAAUAUCUAGGAACUUGCAGGAAACAGUUCUCCAGAUGGAGGGGUUACAACCCAUGCUAGCCAGACAUUUAUGAGCGGGAAGUUCAGUCACAACAAUACAACUAUUAAUAACGCUGGAGGUAACUUUGGUGUCAGAGUGUUUCUAGACACGAAUCAGAGUGGCCUGAAGAAACAAGAAAUGAGAGCUUUAAUUAAAACUAGUGACUAGAGAAGAGACACAAAGAUCUAAGCAGAGUCAACGCUUAAUAGCUAGAGACUUUGA